CAGUGCAUUUUCCACCAGAGAUCAUUGUGAGGUCGGGAGGAUGAUGGCUCGGGUGUAUUGCUUGUUGAUUUCUAUUUUGUCAUGUCUGUUCGGAUACUUGAGCAUUAUAGAAGCUAUUCCAGGAAAAACCACUGCAAAGCCUGGAAAGUGUCCACCCCAAACAUGUGGAGGAAAAUUGUGUACCAAAUCCUGUAACCGUGACUCAAACUGUCCCAACGAUGAGAAGUGCUGCAGCAACGGAUGUGGACGUUACUGUACCCCUCCAUAUACAGUGAAGCCCGGACAGUGUCCCAAACCAAAGAUUCAAGCAUGUGCUGAAAGCUGUUUCCAUGAUGGCCAGUGUCCUGCCACACAAAAGUGUUGCCCAACCACAUGUGGUCAUGAAUGCAGUGAACCUCGUGGUCCGGGAAGUGGUCAGGGAAAUAGACAGGGUCAGGGAAAUAGACAGGGUCUGGGAAGUGUUUGGGGAAGUGGUCUGGGAAGUAGUCGGGGUCAGGGAAGUGGUUUUGGAAGUGUUUGGGGAAGUAGUCAGGGUCUGGGAAGUGGUCCGGGAAGCAGUCAGGGUCUGGGAAGGGGUCUGGGAAGUAGUCAGGGUCUGGGAAGUGUUUGGGGAAGUGGUCCGGGAAGUAGUCAGGGUCUUGGAAGUGGUCCGGGAAGUAGUCAGGGUCUUGGAAGUGGUCUGGAAAGUAGCCGGGGUCAGGGAAGUGGUCAGGGAAGUAGUCAGGGUCAGGGAAGUGAUCAGGGAAGUAGUCAGGGUCAGGGAAGUGGUUGGGAAAGUGGUCAUGGUGAGGAAAGUGGUUGGGGACGUGGUUGGGGAAGUAGUCAGGGAAGUAGUCCGGGAAGUGGUCAGGGUCAGGGAAGUAGUCAGGGAAGUAGUCCGGGAAGUGGUCAGGGAAGUAGUCAGGGAAGUAGUCCGGGAAGUGGUCAGGCAGGUGGUGGGGAAAGGGGUCCUGGUGAGGGAAGUGGUCCGGGAAGUAGUCCGGGAAGUGGUCAGGGAAGUAGUCCGGGAAGUGGUCAGGCAGGUAGUGGGGAAAGGGGUCCUGGUGAGGGAAGUGGUCCGGGAAGUAGUCAGGGAAGUGGUCAGGGUCAGGGAAGUAGUCCGGGAAGUGGUCAGGCAGGUAGUGGGGAAAGGGGUCCUGGUGAGGGAAGUGGUCCGGGAAGUGGUGGGCAAAGUGGUCCUGGUGGGCAAAGUGGUCCUGGUGAGGGAAGUAGUCAAGAUGUUUGA